AUGGAAGAGCCUGUUGUUCGCACCGCGCCCUACCCGGCACCGUCGAGCAAGGUGUUGGGAACGGUCAACGGCAUCCCCACGGAGGUGGAAGUCAUCUCGUUCACAGACAAGAUCAUGGUCCUGAUCUCCCAGGGCGGCCGGUUGGCACAAUGGAUCGAGGUGCCUCUCUCAGCACCCUCGGCAGCAUCGGUGGAUGCGGCCCUGCCGGCUGGGCUCCGGGGCAGCAGCGGACCCGACCUGCUGCCGUCGACGCACCUGACGCCCAAGACGCUCUUCGGGGCUGGCGGCCAGGCACGGGAAACGUUUGGACAGCUGGUGGCGGCACAGGUAGGCAGCCUGCUGGCACUGCGGGACGCGACCGACAGCCGGACGGUGGUCGUCGGGCUGGGGCUGGAGCCUGAUCAGGACGUCGGGCAGGGUGGCGGCGGCGACAGCUCGCAGGCGCAGGCAAUCUACUUUGACAUUGUCGAGCUGGUGCAGAAGGUGCUGUGA